AAAUCGCCGCCAUUUUGACUCGCUGACACAGCCACGCAUCCUGCGUCUCUGUAUCGUUUGGACCCUUUUAACGUCAAAGCUUAAAUAAUGUCUCGAUUUAACAACUUCGGCGGGAUGGGGAUGAAUCACUUCCACCAACGUCGGGGUGGAGGACCUGGACCUAUGCGCGGAGGUUUUAUGGGCAACCCUCACUUCAGGAAUCACCCGUUUCAGAACCAGAACCGUCGUGGAGGAAACAAUCAUUUUAACCGAGGGGGGCAACAGGGCCAGCAGCCGAAAGGCCCGAAACAGAAUCAAGGCGCUAUUAUUCCACCGCCGAGUCCAGGACCGGCCCUGACGAUGAAAGGUCCUGCAGAGAAGGGGCAGCAGAAGCCGGCAGAGAAGGAGCUCAAGUCGCCGCCUGCGACUCCGGUGAAAGCACCAACGACACCGACUCAACCAACCCAGGCCAACAAGAACCAGCAGAUAAAAACACCCACAGGACCACCGCAAAACAGCGCCACACCCGGACCUCAGCAGGGACCGAAGCCGACUACGCCCCAGCAAGGCCCGAAGACCACCCCACAGCAGGGACCGAAGCCGACUACACCGCAGCAAGGCCCGAAGACCACUCCGCCGCAGGGACCCAAAACAACCCCACAGCAAGUGCCCAAGACCACUCCUCAGCCAGACCAGAAGGUCCCCCCGCCGCAGAGUCCGAAACCUGUCCCACAAAAUGCUCAGAAACCGGGGCCACAACAGACCCAGCGACCCGGUCCUCAGCAGCAGAACCAACGUCCCGGCCUUCAACAGCAGAACCAACGUCCCGGCCCUCAGCAACAGAACCAACGACCUGGUCCCCCACAGCAGAACCAACGACCAGGACCUCAACAACAGAACCAGCGUCCAGGCCCGCAACAUCCGAACCAGCGACCCGGUCCUCCUCACCAACAGAGUCAGCGGCCUGGUCCUCAGCAGCAGAACCAACGCAAGGGGCCCCCACAGAACCAGAGGCAGGGUAACCAGCUGAACCAAAGACCCGGAAUGAAAGCGAAUAACGACCAACAAACACAACAGAAUGUUGCAUCCAACAACGGAGGCGAGGAGGUCCAGAGCCAGGGCUUCAAAGCCACACUUUCCAUGUUACUGAAACCUGGCGAGAAGCCUUACACUCAGCGCUGCCGCUUGUUCAUCGGCAGUUUACCCAACGACAUUACAGAGGAAGAGUUCAGAGAACUUUUCGCAAAAUAUGGAGAGCCAAGUGAAGUUUUCAUUAACAAAGCUAAAGGCUUUGGGUUCAUUCGUUUGGAGUCCCGCGCACUUGCAGAGAUAGCCAAGGCUGAGCUGGAUGAGACACCAUUGAAAGGCAGGACGCUGCGUGUUCGCUUUGCCACACACUCUGCUGCUUUGUCUGUGAAGAACCUUUCCCCAUUCGUCUCCAAUGAACUCCUGGAAGAGGCCUUUUCCCAGUUUGGAGUGGUGGAAAGAGCAAUUGUGAUUGUAGACGAGCGCGGUCGAUCCACUGGCAAAGGCAUUGUUGAGUUUGGUUCGAAACCUGCUGCCAGGAAGGCUUUGGAUCGUUGCAAUGAGGGCAUUUUGCUGCUCACCACAUCACCCCGACCGGUCGUUGUGGAGCCUCUUGAUCAGUGUGAUGACGAGGAUGGACUGCCAGAAAAGCUGGUUCAGAAGAAUCCAAGAUAUCAAGCAGAGCGGGAAGAGCCUCCUCGUUUUGCCUGUCCUGGCACAUUCGAAUUUGAGUACUCCAAACGCUGGAAGUCUUUGGAUGAAAUGGAGAAACAGCAAAGGCAACAGGUUGAGAAGAACAUGCGUGAAGCUCGCGAAAAGCUGGAGAGUGAGAUGGAGGACGCCUAUCAUGAGCAUCAGGCAAAUUUGCUCAGACAAGAUCUGAUGAGACGGCAGGAGGAGCUGCGACGCAUGGAAGAGCUACACAGUCAGGAAAUGCAGAAGAGGAAGGAGAUGCAAAUCAGACAAGAAGAGGAGCGUCGUAGGCGGGAAGAAGAUAUGCUCCGCAAGCGGGAUAUUGAAGAGCAAAUGCGUCGUCAGCAGGGAGAUGGAUUCAGAAACUUCAUGGAUAUGGAGAGGGAAAUGAGACUUAGCGGUGGUGGAAACAUGAACAUGCCUGACAUGCCGUUCGGUUCCAAUGGCCAGAAGUUCCCCAUGGGUGGUCACGGCUUUGAUGGCCAACAGGGAAUGGGUGCAUCCUCAGCCUCGCUAAUGGCCAACGACAUGCGCAAUGAUCGCUUUGGUCAGGGUGGUCCGAGGGGCAUGGGAUCUGGUAACAAUAACUUUGGCAGGGUCCGUGAGGAGUUCGAUGGGCCCGCAAAGAAACCACGUUUUUAGAUAUCAAGCUCUUUGCAGUAACAUUUGUAUGACUUCUAUUAGCGAUAUGUUGAGUCACAUUGUGAUGUUUAAAAUAUAAAAUGUUACACACAACCAAUUUGUCCUUUUUCGGAAAUUGAUUUUUAUUUUGUAUCAGCAGUAGAACUAAAAGUACUUCCAUACUGCGUGAGCCUCUUGUCUCGUGUAUAAUUUUAUUUUCUAGAAGUGCUCUGUGAGUCGUCGUGACAUUGUUGUAACACUUUCCUUAAGCUUUCAGUGGCUGUGUUUUUUCGCCAGACAUUUUGAUUCAAAGCAUGUGUAAUAAAAAGAAAUGUGUUCAAUCAGAACAAACUUUUCAAUAAUUAUUCGUCAGAAUAGUUAGUAUGCUGCUAAAAGGUCCUUGUCUGCUGAGUGGUAUGACACUAAUAUUUAAGAUGGUGUUAGCAAUCGCUGACAUCUGAGUAUGUUUUUGCAAAUAACAUUGGAAAACGUGACAAUUCAAGUAAUUUGAAGAUUGUCUUGCCAGCAUGUGGUAACUACUACCAGCAGUGGUUGUUGCAGUUGUCUGACUGCCCACAAAUUUACCUGAAUUAGCACUUGCCAGGCUGCUUAGUGGCAGUCCAGUGGAAAAACAUGGAAAUGCCUCAUAUGUUGUGCUUUGUCCUGAGUCGUACAUUCUUUGCUGAAUGAUCAGGAGCAAUUUGGAGCUGUGUCUUGCUUGGGGGCACAUUGCUACCAUGAGAUCUGGAGAUAGGAUUGAACCAGCAACCUCAGCGCACACUGUCACUCCAGAUAGGUCCAACCCACAUGGUGAUACCAAAAUUAGAUUAGAUGUCCUUCAAAUGAUUAUUGAAAUAUGUUGCACAACCCUCUCUGGACUUAUGCCCUUGUCCUGGGUGGACCCCCCCUUUUUUUUAUGCACGUGGAUGGCUAGUACUGCAAUUGCGUUUCGCUUGGUUUGCUCUGUGACGGUUUACAGUUGAAGGAAGUUCAAUACAUAAUCCAAAGCUUCCUGGCCUCGACUGGUUUUUAGACUGAGAGACAUCUUUUGUAAUAUCUCACCAGCAUGAAUGAACCGUCAUGGAAUUUUAAAAACUGAAUUGCAUGCAUAAUUACAUAUCCUGAGACUUAACAGUUAAGAAUGUUUUGCUUUCACCAGGAAGAUACCCCAAAACUCAGCUGUUGUGCUCAGGGUCACAUGAGCCCUCUCGCUUAACUACAAGUUAGGUGAUGAAGUCCAGUUGGUCGGUUUCGUGCUUUAGUACAGUUCUUUCUUUUACAAAAUGAUGCAUUCAAAAUUUUCUUCGCAAGUCGGGACAUGUGGAAUUUACUUUUGCUUUGGACGGUGUGCCGUUUACCUGCACACAUCAUCAUGACACCACUCAGCCCGCACAUGUUCCACCCCACCAUUCAGAACCUCCCUCAAUUGAAAUGUUGUUUGCAGAAACACAUUGUUUCACGUGUUACCUGACUGUGAAAUGUGUGGAGCAUUUUUGUCUGUGUGAGCCUCCAAGGGUGAGUGAAUAAUUUAAACAAUGAAAUGUUUUUUUUUUGUUUUUUUUUUAACAAAGUGGAUGUAGUAAUGGGUGCAGUUUGGACAAGCAUGCUUGUAUGUUAAGCCCUGCUUGAUUGCAUUAUUCUGUCUAAUAUUUAAAAAAAAAAAAUCACAAAGCACCACAGUAAUAGCCAAAAUGUACCUGUUUAUGGCAUUCUUGUAGUCCAAAUGGCUGGUUUUAUUUCUGCAAACCAGUAUUUUAUUAUUUAUCCAGAUUCAAUUGUAUAUACAUAACUACAACAAGCCACUUCUAAACUUUGGACUUCAAUCCACAACAAAUUCUGACCUGUGAAUUCCCUUGAAUGACCGCCACAAUAGCUGUCAUUCUUUGCUUUUUGGAGAAGCCUGCUAAGGAGGCCAGGAGAAGACUUUUUCACUGUACACCGGCUGGUCCUGAAUGUGAACGUGCUUUCUCCCUGAUGAGUUGGCUAAUGAUCAAUUUAAGGGUGAUGCUCAUCCUGUGUCGAGUAUGCAAAAAAAAAACAACCUUUGAGUGAGGACUCCGGUUCACCCCACCAUCCCCAACAUGCCUGUGGUGGGCCGACGUGAAGCAGAGACCUAGUUUGGGCCCAGACAACGGUGAGCUCGACUAAAUGAGAUCAUCUGUGAGGUUGUAUGUUGUGGUUUUUGUUACCUUUUAUUGGGAUCAAUAUUUAUAAUCACACAAAGCAUCCAUUUAGUUUCUUUGUGCUGCAUAGUUUCACUCUGCCAGGUGCAGAUGUGUGUUACCCCUGGAUUUAUUACAUCGAAGAAUAUGUCUUAUACACUAUGGACCUAUAUACAAUUUUGUAAACCCUGUUUCUGAGAAGGCCCAAAUGAACUUCGACGUAAUCUGUGAUGGUGUGAACACUCAAACCUGUUUUGGUUUUGCACACUAUAGACAAUCUGAACUGUUAUCAAGAGAAAUCAGUCACAUAGAUCAAGUGUAUAAUGGUGGACUCUCUAGAAGUUUCCAUUUUCAGUAAUUAAUUUCCUUUUCUCAACAAUGUUGAGAAACACUGGUAGUUGAAAACUCAGUCUUUGCAUCUACAUCACCCCGUGGAUUGUUUUGCAACACUUUAUAUUUUGAUGACGGGCAUAUUAUUAAGGCCUGUCAUGCAAGUUUGAAAUACUUGCAUCAUCGUUUUUGUUUUAAACCACAUCAAAACAACCUCCUUUGGGUGUGACAUUUCUGCACACGUUUCACUACAGUGACAGUAAGUACUCUCCAUUUCACUUUCAGCAAUGUGUACUUGGUUAUGAAAGUAAAUGAAUGCAAGAACAUUCUUAUCACAAGUAUUUCAUGAACAAAAGGUUGAAAUGAAAAAAAAAACUGAGAACAAGCCUUUAAUAGGGUUUUGUCUGUCUAAUCUCACCUUUUUAGCCAUGGAAGAAAGUGAACUACAACUGUUCAGAGUAAUGCUGGAGAGGUGUAAAGGUAGAAGAUCUAUAGAAGCCAGACAGUAGCUGUGUGUAUAUUAAAGGGGGUGCAGGGAGAAUCAAGAUGGAGACAUUCGCGUAAUGAUUUUGAGAUCACUCAUCCAGAGUAAUAGUCUGAGAUCAAGGGAGGAAUAGUUGUGAGUGAGACAGCUUUAUAAGACCAUGUAGUAGUGAGACCUGCCAUGAGGUAUGGUUUAUAGAGCUCUGACACAAGGAGAAUAAGCAGAAUUGAGGUUACAGCCAACACUGGGAGUGAGACUUGAUUGCAAGUGAGUAUAUCAUUGGGGGGUGUCCAGUGAGGGAACUUUCGGAGACGAAAGGAGGCAAGAUGGUUUAGUGGCGUGGUGAUGUUGGGUGGAGAAUGUUGAUAAAUGGAAGAUAUUAAUCAGGUUUAUGAAUAUGGAUAGAUGUGGAGAUGGAGAGGAUGUGUGUGACUAGGGAAAACUGUCAUGAAAAGGUAAGAAGGUGGGAACUGACUUGAACAGGCAAGCCUUGAUUGGAAUUGCCGAAAGACAGAGGAUUAAACAGGUAAAUGCUCAUGAUUCUGGUGAGUGUGAUGGAGUGACAUGACUCCUUUUGGAGGUAAACAUCUUUUUUGCUUUUCAGUAACAAUUUUCAGCAGAAGUUACAUUUUUAGAUCGGAUGCGGUAACAGAAUAAAUGAUAUAAAAUAAAGAGACCACGGUUUCAUGUCAGUGGGUUAUUGCCUUCGUCUAAGAUCAGACCUUUAAAAUGCAUGUCAACACCUUUGUCCAACUGAGGUAGAGAAAGUUGAAUUUCUCUUGUAUUAUACUUUCAUGAUAAUCCAUAGCUCGGUUAAGCCUGUGUCUAACUAUAGCUUAGUUAUUGUAGGACGAGGAUCUUCCAUGGUGCAUCGGAACUAAAUGCUGAGUUAAUCCCUUUGGAAGAACCAAAGACAAUCUCAUAACAAUUUACUUUGGUUCUUUGUAAGACCCAUGCUGUGCAGUGUUCUGUAAAUACUCAAACCUGUGCGGCGGUGUAGAUCGUGAUGCAGCCAUGUAGAUGGGGCUCCAAGCAACUUGACUUUCUCCAGUUUUGAGGCAGUUGGUUCUCAAAGGUAUGGUUGUACGAUAUAAUAAAUUGGUAUAAGGAAAUAACAUUACGACAACUGGACUAUUCGGGCUAACGUUAGCCAGCCAGCAAUGUGAACGACUGUGACUUCUGCACAAUUCUAGCAAUAUAAAGAAAACUGACAAGGAAAAGUGAUGGGUGCUUUUUUUCGUCGGUGCAGGACGUUGACACCUAGAUCACUUGAAAGCAUUGAUUCAGUGUCUCUUUAGUUCAAUGUGGUGUACAUAGUUGAACUGCUGUCUCAAUGCCAGUCUGCUGUGCUCACUUGUAAUACGCUAUUGGGUGGAACCGAGGCAUUGAAUCGGAAUGAUAUGAGGUUCCCUGCACCCCUCAUGAUGGUUAUGAGAUUGAUGAAUAAUUUGAUUCACACUUUGCUGCAUAUAAUUCAAGAUAACAAUAAAUAAAAAUAAUGGCUUAAUCGAGCUAUUGCCUUUGUUUGACUAAUCCCUGCAUGGAAACGUGGUCUACAAGUCCUUAUUGCUUAUGACUUAUUCAUCUAAACUUUAUUGUAUGUAAAGUUAUCCUGUGUUACUCAUUUAAUUCAUUAUUUAGCCCCAAAAGUGUAAUUGUUGAGUGCUAUUAAAUACUUGUAAGAUCAUUGAAAUGGACAUUAAUUUAUUGGCAUAUCUUUAAAUAUACUUCAGUCUUAAAUCCUUACUGCCUUUUGUUAAUAGGAUUCCUAGUAUCUUUGGAGCCUAUUUAAGGAUAUUUUUAUGAUGCUGAUUUUUAACUUCAAUCCUGACCCUGUUUGUGUCAUUGUUCCCUCUGGGAGUCUUGAAUUAUUCCCUGUGUUUGUGUGAUAUACCUUCUUUUCUUUUGACAGGAAAAUCCAGGUAAUGGACAGUGGAGAGUUUUUGGCUAAAUGGUGCCUGAGCAGUCGUUUUUAGCUCAGAACAAAA